AUGUAUGAUGGAGGUCUGACUUUCGAACUGGCAGACUCUCAAGGGACCUCCUGGAGACGAGAUGUUGACCUCCUCGACCUGGGACCUAAGUCAGACGUCAAGGCAGUGGUGAACAGCGUCUUAUCAAAAGAGGCCUGUGCUGCAGGGCAAAGGAACCGUGUGGAGCGACUUGUAGGUCGCCUGGUCCAUGCGCUGCAGGUCUCCACUGGGCACACUUACGUCAGUCACAGGAAAAUCCGGGCCCACAGCCUCCCGCUCACCAAUGUCGCGCUAAACAAAGAUGCAACGUUGUGUGCCACUGGGGGAUAUGAUCGACAGUGUCGACUUUGGCGUACAAGUGAUGGACGUAAUGUGGCCAAACUGGAGGGACACGAGGACGUUGUCUUUGAUGUGACGUUUAUUGGUAAGCAAGAUGAACUGGUGGCGACUUGCAGCUUUGACGGCACCCUUCGUGCUUGGACCACAGAGAAUGGGAGUUGUGAACUAGUCAUGGUAGGUCACGAAGGCCCUGUAGCUACCAUAUCCCCUCUCCCAACUUCUAAGCAGUUCCUCUUUACUGGUGGCAUGGACACCACAGCCAAGAUAUGGGAUUUGCAUAUGGGAGAAUGUAUUACUUCCCUAUCUGGACAUCACGGAGCUGUCAUAAAAGUGGGAGGAGAUCGUGCGGGCCAGUUUCUUUAUACGGCAUCCUUUGAUGGGACAGUAAGAUUAUGGGAUGUUCGAACUUAUGAGUCUAUAAAUGUUCUUGAUGGCCAUGAAGGAGAACUCAAUGGUGCUGCACUGAGUUGGCGUGGUAACUACUUAGCUUCUUGGGCUACAGAUGCCUCUGCGUUAAUCUGGGACAUACGACAAACGGACCAACCAAUUUUUACUCUAAGACAUGAUGCUGAGGUGGUGUCUGGGUCUUGGGACAGGUGUGGUCAGAGGCUAGUCACUGGUAGUGUUGACAGAAGAGCUCAUGUUGUCAAUCUGGAAUCCUUAGCUCAUACUCACUCAUUUGAGGAACACUUUGGUGAAGUAUCUAAGGUAGCAUUCAAUGCAGCAGGCACACGAGUGAUUACUGCAGGCGAGGAUGGUUACUUAAGGAUAUGGGAUGCUGAAGAUGGGCACUUAAUCCAGAGUGAACAGGGGCAUGAGCUGGAAGUGUUUUCUAUGGUAGUGAGUUAUUCUGGGGAUGUCAUUGUCACUGGGAGUCGAGACAAUAACUGUGUCAUUUGGAAAUAUGACUUACCUGAAGAAGACUAGCUGGAACAAAAUAUCCUGAGAAACUAAUAACUUGUAUGGUUAUUCAUUAUCUGUUUAAAAUAGAUAUGUCAAAGAAGUCUAAAACAUACCUUUUCAUUAGAUUCAUUGUAAUAAAAGUUUGAAAAGUUUCA